AUCACCAUUCAAACGUUUUAAACCAUAUCAAGAUCAUAUUUUUGUGUUCGUGUUGUUCAUCGUUGGGUUCUCCAGAUAUCGCCCAAGAAACAGGCGCAAAGCUUCAUUUUUCAAUCGCGUUUUCAAUUGAGCGAUCUCGAAAUGUUGCGUGUUUUUGUGCCUUCUCACGACUAAUUUUUGAAAUUCAAAGUAUUUUUGGACAUAAUACUAACAGGUUAUCUUAUUCCUGUGGGCUGUUGAUCGCUUUCUUUCAAAUUCUUUGAGCAAUCAUCAGAUGAAAAACUUUUCUGGUAUCACUUUUUAGCGGCCAUUGAAACUUCACGGACCGGCUCACGAGUGACGUCAUAAUGGCCAAGAUCAUCGGGCGCGCAAUCGCAUGGCCACUGAAGCAAAGUUGACCUCUCCCUCCUGCUCGUCGUGUAGUGUUCACGUAGUCUGAGGAACUUGGAAUCGACUUUCGAACCGACGUCCGAACCGUCAUACUAUGUAUUUGUUAUUUCACGAUAGAUAAGGGAACCUGAUGCCCCUUGGAAGAUCCAAUUUACAAGUGGAACCAGCAGAUCAAUGAAGGGGUUUGGAAAAUUUCCUCUGAGGAGGAAGAAAGCAGAGAAGUCACCAGUUGCUGGCGCAGCUAAAUUUCAGGAUAGCGAUGAUGCUAAUGAGGAGGUUCAGGACAACAUGCUGACUGAUCUGGACAAGUUGUACAUAGCUAUGGCUGAAGUUGAUUCAGCUUACCUCUUCAAUAUGUUUUGCUACAGUCUCAAUAUUAAAAGCCUGACUGCUUUGAAGGAUUAUGAUUCAAGACAGAGCGUCUUAGUGGAUCGACAUGAAAUUGACCUUGUAAAAAAGAAAGUUGCAAAUAAGGACUUAGAUUUUAAAGUCCUUGCAAACAAGAAAUACAAGCAAAGUAAACUUGUUGAAACUUGUAAAAUCAAGCACAUACCAGUUAUUCAAAUGAAAGACAUAACUGUCACUGGAACCAUAACGGAGGGCCCAUAUGUUGGAAGUGUGUGCGAGGCCCUGUGGACGAAACCUGAUGGUAGCAAGGGUAAAGUGUGUCUUCGAUAUGAAACUGAUUAUGAACAAAACUUCUUGCACGAGGCUGACAUGGCAAAUGUUCUCCGUCACGAGAAUGUCCUUGAUCUAUAUGGAGUGGUCAUUGCCAGUUCGUAUUCACCAUCUCUGGCUUUAGUCGUACAAUUUGCAAACUAUGGAAAUCUUAGGGAGUCACUUAAACAUCACACUGUGGAACGAUUGUGUAAAUUUACAAUCCAGGCCGCAACUGCUUUGGAACACCUGGAAAAGAAGAAAGUCAUUCACCAGGCGGUUGCUGGAUAUAACUGUUUGGUUGUUGCAGAUUACCAGUUGAAGCUCGCAGGAAUUGGAGCUUGUCAUUUUGAAAGUGUAUUAAACAAGGCAAACCAGGUUCCCAAUUUUGUACAGGAGGAUGUGGUUUACUACUUUGCUAAGGUUUUUUCUGGUGCAUUUUCCAGCUAUUUUCAAACAAGUAUCGAAAUUAUUAAAAUUAUGGAACCUUCAAAAUCACAACAUGAGAUACACGGCUACAUUUGCCCCUCCCAUUUUUAUGACGUAUUCAGUCGUUGUCUACAAAUGGAUUCCACCAAAAGACCUUCCUUUUUGGAAAUCAGGCGAUCUCUUGUGGCACAGAGGCACUCUUUGAAAGUGAGAGUCAUAAGGAGCUUCAAAGCAGAGUCAAAAGGUUUUCUUAGCUGCGAAGCUGGCGAAAUUAUAUUUCUGAUCUCCAAGGACCGCCACAGGAAUGACAAUAAUUCCUGGUUAGGAGAAACAAAGGACCGCAAAAUUGGAUUUUUUAAGAGCGAACAUGUAGUGGAAGUAAUGGAUGCGAAUUUCGAUGAUUCAGUUAUGCCACCUGAGAUUCGUGCUCGAGGCCCAAGAGCCGAACUUGCUUUUCAAAACGCUAUGCGGAACGGCAGGGUGCAGGUGUACCGCGGUCGCAUUAUGCUCCUUGGGCAGGACCGUGCAGGAAAGACAAGCCUGAAGAAAUCUCUUCUUGGCAUCCCUUUCAACCCUGAAGAAGAGAGUACCGUGGGGGUCGAAGUUGACCCUUCCAAGUUUGAAGUGGAUGUUGACCAAGUUAAGAACUGGCAGCGCACAGAGAAAAAGAAACUUGAUGUGUCGGAGUUUGCUGACGACAUAGCAAGGAUAAUCGCGAAAGACUUAACGGAAACAGAAAUAGACCAGAGGAACAUCGAUGACAUGAAUGCUGUCUUAGAGCAGGAGGUCGGGCAUGAGGUUGAUGCUGGCACUCCAAAGGAACCAAAUGAUUUACCGACUGCUGGUAGACAAGAAACCAAUGAGGGGAACAAGCCAUCAGAUGAGGGCGGCAGCGGCACUGUUCUUGAGGUGAAAAAACCAGCAGAUCCAGCUAUUAAAUUAAAUAUUGAUACCGCUGCAGUUUUACCUGAUAAAGUCACAGAUCUAGUUGUGCAAUACUUGCAGCAUUUGAAAUUAGAUGAAGACAUCAAAGCAAAGGAGGUCAUUUUAACUUUGUGGGAUUUUGCCGGUCAGCACCUUUACUACGCUUCUCAUUCUGUUUUCCUUUCUCCGCGAGCAGUCUACACCCUGGUGUAUAACCUUAGCAAAGAUCUAAAUGCUCCAGCAGAACCGUGUGUUAGACAGGGUUUUCAUGAUAUUGUCCUGGAAAAUCCAAACAGUGAGACAAAUUUAGAGAGUUUGUUGGCGUGGUUGGCUUCUGUGCACAGCAUUCGGCCAACAGCAGAUGGAACUAGCAGUAGUCAGGACGGAAAACUGACUUACCUUCGUCCUCCAGUGUUCAUUGUAGGAACGAAUGCCGAUCGACCGUUCGAAGAUGCCAAGAAAAUGGAAAAGCUUAUUCAAAAGAGUAUUUCGGGAAAGAAGUAUGAAAAGCACGUGAUAAGGCCAUUCUUUGCUGUUGACAACACAAGAUCACUGAGUGAUGAUGGGGUUCAAACGCUGCAGAAGAGGAUCAUGGAGGUGUUGAAACAGGAGCCGUACAUGGGUGAAGAGGUACCGAUAAGGUGGUUUACCUUCGAGAAAAUCGUCGAAGCUUUAGUAGCAAAGGAAACCUAUCACAUGAAUCUUGAUAACCUCCUGACUGUCACGAGACAAGUUUGCCAUAUAGACGACAUAGAAGAACUGACGACGUUGUUGAAUUUUUAUCACGAUCUCGGAGUGAUAGUAAAGCAUGGCCAUACUGUUGUGCUGCAGGCUCAGUGGCUGAUUGACCUUUUCAAGCAACUCAUAACCGUGCGACCAUUUGACGAAGUGAAUCCUCUGUACUCAGAAUGCUGGCAGGAACUCGAGAAAAAUGGUAUUCUCAGGAUGACUCUGGUCGAUCACGUUUUUGCAGAUUUCAUCCAAAAAGGCCUUUCUAGGGAGGACAUUUUGGAUAUGAUGGAGCUCUAUGGAUUAAUCGCUAAAUUUUCCUCUGUACCAUCUGCUGGCCAGGAGGAGCAAAAAUAUUUUGUGCCAGCCCAACUUAGAUCGUCACCCUCAGUUCUGUGUGAGAUGGAGCCUUCUAAGUAUGAUCCUUGCCCGCUGUAUCUCCACUUCCCGGACGGUUUUGUCCCUCACGGGCUCUUUCCACAACUUUUGUCAAGAUGCAUACGCUGGUGUUCCGAACGCGGUCCCCGACAAGCUCCUAACCUGUACCACAAUGGAGCGAGGCUUUUUAUUGGAAAGCAGACCAUUCACAAUCUGAUUCUUAUCUGCAAAAAGAGAUUUAUCAAGAUCACCUUGAAGCAAAGUUCUUCUUCAGCCGUUCUUUCCGCUGCCGCAGCGAGUAUGGCAUGCGAAGUUCGAAUCUUUCUCGAAGACAUCUUGCUGAGCUUGACGCUCGAGUUUUCGUGGCUGCGUAAUCCCGGUUAUGAACUGUGCGUUGCAUGCGCCAGUUGCUUUAAACUAAGUAAAGAAUGCGACAAACACAGGUUGGCUUCUUGCGCUCACGAGGACUGUCUACAUCUUCUCCGAGUAAUUCCUGGAGAACACCUCAUUUGCACAAAGAGCUUCUGUGAUGAAGCAGUUGAGGUUCCUGGAUUGGAGAAAUGGUUCAAAGUUCAUAAAAGAGAGACGGAAGAACAGAAAGUGACCUCUUUGGUUCCUGAAGUUCGAAAUCAACCGUCAUCGUCUAAAACCGGUACACCGUCGACCCAGGAUCUUCUUCUUGUUGCCUCUGAGCUGGGUGCCUCAUGGAAGAUGCUUGGUAGAACGCUGGGAGUUCCUGAGCACGAGCUGGAGAAUAUUGAAGCAGACAACCCUCGCCUAUCUGAAAGAUGUUAUUGUGUGUUGAAACGGUGGACAGAAGUUUUUGGGUCGGCGGCGACUUACGAGUGCUUGGCGCGUGCAUUACAACAUCCUAUGGUGAAACGAUGGACACUCGCUGUAAAGUACUGCGGUGUUUGCCGGGAUGGAUAUCAAGUUGCAGACACUGCACCCAUUUCCUCUCAGGCCGUUGACGUGUCGACGUCGGGCUGCCCAGUUUUCCUGUCUUACCAGAGGGAUUUGCAAGAUACAGUCAAAAGACUGAAGAGCAAGAUCGAAGAGAGUGGAAUUCAAUGUUGGAUGGACAUCAGGCAGAUGGGUGGCGGUGAUGCUCUCUUUGCAAAAAUAGAUGCCGGAAUAAGGGCGUGCAAGGUCUUUGUUUGUUGCGUAACAGCAAAAUACUGUCAAUCAGACGCUUGCCAGGGGGAGGCCACCUUGGCUCAUAGCUUAAAGAAGCCUGUCAUUCCUCUGUUGUUUGAGGACAUUUCCUGGCCUCCAGAAGGUCAGCUAUCUUUGGUCUUUACCAAGCUUCUUUACAUCAAGAUAACCGAAGAACGUGGCACCAUUCCUGAUGGAGAGUUCCAGCAGCUUAUGCGGAAAGUGGAGCAGUUUGUGAAUUCGUAAGAAUCGCUGGAAGUCGAGUUUUUGGAACUGCCGCACAGGGAAACUGAUUACUGUGUUGAUUCCUUAAUCUAUAACCUCUUCCAGGCGUUCAGUUAGUUGGGGCGCAGCGCGAAAAAUGGCGAACUCGCCCAUUUACGCGCGGCGCCUCAACUAACUGAACACCUGGAAGAGGCUACUUAAUGUAAAACGGCAUAGAUUUUGAACCGCUGGCUUUAUGUUAGUCUAUAAUGGUUUGUCACGCAUCCGCCGUGUUCGUAAUGCACUUCGCACCGUACCGAUGCGUGCAAACUCAACCGACGGUUGCAGUUUACGCUGCUGUCAAUUAUUUUAGCGAAUGUCUCACGGAACAAAAGUGUUUUUGUAAACAAAUUCAAAAGGUUAUGUCCAUUUUGUUUGUUUGGUUGAUUUUUUCCUUGUUGUUGGUGGUGGUUUUUAGGGUCCAUUGGAUUGUCGUCGUAAUUAUGAUUGACGGCAGGGUAAAACUCAAUCGUUAGCUGCAUUACUUCAGAGUUCGGGUUCAUUGAAAGGUGUACGAAUCUAAGCAAAAAAUCGCCAGAACCUUUAGAGAAUUCUGUUACUUAUGAUAUUUUAGACUUUGGGAGAAAUUUACAGCAUUUUCGAGUAUCUUUAAAGUAUUUGGAGAGUUUCUGGUAAAAAAAACUUCCAGCAUAAUAUUCCUUUGUUUUAAACCAGGUUAAUGGCCUUACUUCGAUAAUUUUUUGCACCGCUUUUAUUUGUUCGAUUUAUUUAUUUUUUCGAGCUAGUUUGUAUUGUAUUUUUUCAAUUGAUGUUAUUAGUAUUUCAAUAGCUUAUUAGUAUUUUAAUAGCUCCUGGAGAACUUAGUGUUGUUUUAAUGUCUUGGGCUAAGAGAGAAAGGAAGGAGAGGGGGACGGGUGGAGACAAUUAAGGAACUUACUUCAAUGAGAAAUCACCUAGGUUUAAGUAAUCGUUCCUUUGGGCUUUAGAAAUUUAUUAUAAUCGAUAUAAAUCGUGGUAGUGAACUCGUUUGUAAUACAAAAACCCGCGUUACUUUAACUUAUUAUAUUGCUUUGGCUUGUGGCCGAUAUAACGCGUGCUCUGAUUGGCCAAGAGCGAGAUCUGAACGGUCAGUAUGCAGCCGUAACGCCCACUUGCCGAUUACGGAUUAUGCAAAUUAGGAAGAGCCCGGCUCUGAAAAUUCAAGCGCAUUGAAACGAUGGAAGCCGAUUAAAAACAGUCAGAGAAAGUAAAUUUAAUUCCAAGUCGCUAAAAGUUUAGGGAUUUUUCCUUCAUAAAACGUGUAUAGAAGUCGUUUUUGACUUACCAGCCGGUAACCUUGGCGGGCACUAGUGAAAAACAAUUAAAGUUUGCCGAGUCUAAGUAAGCGUAAAGCUAAAUUCGCUAAGUGAAAAACACCAUCGGCAGAUCUGUCACGCAUCCUGAGCAGAACACCACGAAGAAACUUAUAAGUUAU